AAGCAUGCAUUAUAUUUAUAUGUCAUGUAAGCAGCAACACAUUAAGAACUUGGAUUUCUUCUAGUUUGAUUCUUUGGAAGAAGCAUAAUGGAGAGUAGAGCAAGACCAACUUCUAAUUCUCUUGAAAUCCAUUUUGUGGAUAUCCAUGAAGCAUUGCACGAGGAAGAAGAAGGACGAGAAGAAUGGCAGACAAAAAGAGGUGUGAAUAGACAGUUUCAAGUUAGAGAGGCAAAGAGACCCAAUAGGAGUUUUAGCAGGCAAGUUUCGCUAGAGACAGGAUUCACAGCUCUCUAUAAUAGAGAAUCCAAGGCUAAAGAUGAGACAAGGGCUCUUCCAAGAAGUGGACGUAGUUUUGGAGGAUUGAGAACAAUUAAUAGAGUUAAUAUUGGAAAACAAGGAGAUCUUAGUAUCUUCAAGACCAAAGCGACUCUGAAUAAGAAAAAUUCUUUAAUGCCCGGAAAAAAGGAGAAAGAAAUGGAGUCUCAGAGAUUUGAUGGUUCUAAUGGACAUGAUGACCCUGUUAAUGAAGGAGUUCAUGCUGGGAGAUACUUUGCUACUCCCAGAGGACCAGAGCUAGACCAGAUCAAGUAUGAAGACAUUCUCCUUCCAAAAUAUGAGAAAUGGCCCUUCCUUCUUUGAUUCCCAAUUGGUCGUUUUGGCAUUUGUCUUGUAAGUAGCCAAGUUUUCCUAUCUACCAAAUUUCUCCACUUUACACUAUUCGUCAACAUUGCUCUCUGGCUCUUAGCUGUAACUGUCCUAUUCUCAGUUUCCAUCACCUAUAUUCUCAAAUGCAUAUUCUAUUUUGUAGCUGUUAGAAGAGAGUAUUUUCACUCACUUCGUGUCAACUUCUUCUUUGCCCCAUGGGUUGUGUGCAUGUUCCUGGCUAUUAGUGCACCUCCCUUGCUAGCUCCAGCAAAGUUGCACCCUGCCCUUUGGUGCACCUUCAUGGUCGAGCUCAAGAUCUAUGGCCAAUGGCUUUCCGGUGGAAAGAGACGGCUUUGCAAGGUAGCUAAUCCAUCUUCACGUCUUUCUGUAGUUGGAAAUUUUUUGGGGGCAAUUUUAGCUGCUAAAGUGGGGUGGAUUAAAGCAGCUAAGUUCUUGUGGGCAAUUGGCUUUGCACAUUAAAUUGUGGUGUUUGUGACGUUGUAUCAAAGGUUGUCCACAAGCAAAGCAUUGCCCAAGGAACUGCAUCCUGUGUAUUCUAUGUUCAUUACAGCACCAUCUGCAGCAAGUAUUGCAUGGGAAACUAUUUAUGGCGAGUUUGAUGGGUUGUCAAGGACUUGCUACUUCAUUGGAUUGUUCCUCUAUAUUUCUCUAGCUGUACGUAUCAGCUUCUUCACGAGACCUAGGUGCUCAGUGGCAUAGUGGCCUUACACAUUCCGCUUGACAACAGUAUCAGUUGCAACCAUCAAAUAUGCAGAGCAAGUGCCUGGUGUGCCAAGCAAGGUGCUUGCACUUUCGCUUUCUUUCAUGUCAUCAAAGAUGGUAUCUUUACUUUUUGUGUCGACCUUUUUCCAUGUCUUCGUUUGGCAUACAUUAUUCCCCAAUGAUCUUACUAAUAAAAAGUAAAUUUCACCAUUUAUUAUUGAUGCAAAAACUAAGUGAUUGUCUGUGCUCGUACACAUGAUGCACAUGCUAUGUUGUAAAAUUUGCCAUUAUAUUAUGUUCUGUCUGCCAUUUUAUGCCUCCAUGGAAUAGUUGACG